AUGGAUCUGCCAAACGAACGCGAGGAAGCUAGUGCAACCACCGACCCAGACCGUCCAUCUUGCCAAGGAUGUCGACGUCGGAAGUUGAAAUGCUCACGAGAGUCUCCAACGUGCUCACAGUGCCACCGAAUGGGCUCGCCCUGUGUGUAUGAUACCAAGAAAAACAAACCCGGCAUCAAGACGGGCGCAGUUGAAAGCUUAAGUCGUCGAAUUGAUAUCCUAGAAGAUGCACUUCAGGAAGUACAAACAAGAGAUUCUUCUCACCACAGCUCGAUACAGGGGCAAAAUCCAGAAAACAGCAAUCGUCUAGACGGCGUGGUAAAUCUACUGUCGACCGUAUGCAUGGAAUUGUGCAAGUUUAACAGCCAAAAUAGCCGAACUUCUGAAAGUCUUGGGUCAGGACGUUUGGAUCAUCCCCAAGAUACGCCAAAGGGCAGCACGGCCUCUAUGCAGUCUCCAAACAUUGACGAUCAUGAUAUGUAUUCAACCCGACCUCGAAAAAGAAGACGAGUUGACACCUGUGGGAAUCCAAAUAUAGAGCUUCAGCUGCCUUUGGAGAAUUUGCUCGACGCUUCAUCUAGCCUUCCGGCACCAGAUUUACUGGAAAAUACUGUGAACGCUUAUUUCAACAAAAUUCAUCCAUGGAUCCCAAUUCUCCACGAGACACGGUUUCGAAGCCGCAUGCUCGACCCAGAUCAAAGACCGUCGCUAAUUGUGAUAGUUCAUGCUAUGGUAGUGGCGGCUAUCCGAUUUGCUCGACCUGAAGCCCAUGGUCUUUCGUCCUCUGAUGUUGAAGCUAAGGCUCAAAGAUCAAGAAGCAUUGUUGUUUUGAACGCGAUGGACAGCCUCUCAGUCGAAAAUCUGCAAGCUUUGACGAUUAUAGCGUUUGAUGACAUCGGUGAUGGGAAUACAUCUAGGGCCUGGUCGAUUGUUGGAUCUCUUACUCGGACAGUGGAGUACCUGCGGCUUAGCGUUGAAGACGAAGGUCAUGACACACAACGAUUACUUAAACCUUUACUUUCCUUGCCACCUUCACAAAAGUGGGUGGAAGAAGAGGAGAGAAGGCGAGUAUUUUGGACUAUAUUCAAUUUGGACCGCUUCUGUUCAGUUGCGACAGGCUGGAAUACUAGCCUGACAGCAGAUGAUGUCCACCGUCGACUUCCUGCAGAUGGUGGUUUUUGGCAUCGAGAGGAACAAGUGAAGACACCUUUCUUUGGAAUCUGGAAUCGAUCUGAAGCAAAAAUUGGGAACUCAAUCGCUUUCUUGCCGACUCAAUAUUCAAACAUCCCCGACAGCCCUGAAUCACCAGACUCAGCAACGCAACAUGGUUCCCCAUCCUCCACAUCCCGGGGCAUGACACAACCAGACAUGUCAACGGUCGGCGCAUUUGCGUAUUCUAUCGAAGCAACAGAGUCUCUUAGUCGAGUUACAACCUUCUUCCUCCAACAAAAAAUCAACUUCCAUGAUCGACGAGAAGUGAGCAGCUGGCUUACUCGGUUUAAGGAACUAGACCUCCGACUCGUGCACUGGAAAAUGUUUCUACCACAGAAAUGGAGAGACUCCGACAUCUCUCUUCAGCCUACACUCAUACACAUGGAUCCAAAUCUGACUCUCGCCCAUGUCACUCACAAUACAUCGAUGAUUCUUCUGCACCAACGCAUGGCAUACCCCCCUGCAGAAUGGGCCAAUAUCGUUAAACUGCCUAGUGCCUGCAGUGCUGAGACAUGUCAAAAUGCGGCAAUUGAAAUUCAGAACAUGACUGCCAAAUAUCUAAGCAACACCAAUGAAACAGAUCCCAUCGCAAACCAGUUUGUAUUUUGUGUUUUUGUCGCUGCGCGCGUUCUUUUAGGUAUGAAAGUGACAAUGAUUUGGCAAAAAGUGAAGCAGAAGCUGAGAGAAAUUGAACUAGUUCAUUGGCGAUACUACGGAUCCUCCCUUCCACCAGAACUAUGGUAUCUGAUCAGCAGCCUUGACGAAAUGGCUCGACGAUGGCUUGGAUCUACAACUCAAGGUGGCUGCCUUGCAAGCACAUAUGCCGAUCGUCUCCGUGACUUACAUCAAUAUUGCGUGUCAGCUCCGAACUUCAGCGUCGACGUCCUCGGAUACUCAACAAUUGUUUCAAACAACAACGCACCCUCCAUCGCUUCUACCACAUCGGUCCAGUCCCCGCCCAAUCAACGAAUCCAACGAAAUCAAGAGCCUCAACACAUAAUAUCAGCGAAUCAGAUAUCGUCCUCUGGCUCAGCAAGACCGCAUUCAUUGCCGCCGUGGAAUAUCCCCAAUGAAAUUCUCAGCCCAGGUAAUGUACAUGGGCAAAUGGCUGAGCCUGUUGCACAGAUUACAACCAACUAUUCCAAUGACCAGCCCCCGGCAGACGAGCUUUCCACUAUCUCAUAUCUUCUUCUUGACCAGCGCUUUAUGGACAUGGAUCGUGUCAUUAGUCUUGAUGAUAUGAUGUUCUCUACGAAUAUGGGGACUGUUGAUGACACGGUUGCAGAGGAAACUCAUGCAUGA